AGAAAUUUUAAUUAGCUAACUGUCCAUUGACUUUGUCAAUUGGAGCCAUUAUUUGCGAUAAAGGAUGGAGAAGGUUCCAUUGUUAUCUGUGACUGCACUACACCAUCUCCAUAUAUUCAUUUUUGUGCUAGCAGUUGUCCAUGUGACUUUCAGUGCUCUCACCAUUCUAUUUGGGAGUGCAAAGAUCCGUCAAUGGAAGCAUUGGGAAAAAUCUGACUCUGACAACGAAUACAAUCCAGAGCAAGUUCUAAACGCACCAAAGGUUACACAUGUUCAAGAACACUCCUUUAUCAAGGAUCACUAUUUGGGUAUUGGAAAGCGUUCUGCUUUGCUGGGUUGGAUUCAUUCAUUUUUCAAGCAAUUUUAUGGAUCCGUGACCAAAUCAGAUUACGCCACUUUGAGACAGGGAUUCAUUAUGACUCAUUGCCGUAGAAAUCCCACCUUCAAUUUUCACAAGUACAUGAUGCGUGUUCUCGAGGCUGAUUUCAAGAAAGUUGUUGGAAUAAGUUGGUAUCUUUGGGUCUUUGUGGUCAUCUUCUUGCUGCUGAAUGUCCAUGGAUUUCAUGCAUAUUUCUGGAUAGCAUUCAUUCCCUUUUGUCUUUUGCUUGCUGUUGGCACCAAGCUGGAGCAUGUAAUAACCCGGUUAGCCCAUGAGGUUGCUGAAAAACAUGUAGCCAUUGAAGGGGAUUUGGUAGUUCAACCUAAGGACGAUCACUUCUGGUUCGGCAGGCCCAAGCUUGUUCUUCUUCUCAUACAUAUCAUCCUUUUCCAGAACUCUUUUGAAUUGGCAUUUUUCUUCUGGAUUUGGGUUCAGUAUGGUUUUGAUUCCUGCAUUAUGGGAAAAAUCGCAUUCAUUAUCCCAAGACUCGUUAUAGGAGUGUUUGUUCAGUUCGUCUGCAGUUACAGCACCCUACCACUCUAUGCAAUUGUCACACAGAUGGGAAGUUCAUACAAAAAGGAAAUAUUUGAGGAACAUAUUCAAGACAAAACCCUAAGAUGGGCUAAACAAGCGAAAAAUAAGCUUAAGGUUAAGGGAAGGCCUGCCUCCAAUGGCUCCAGCCAAGUGGGUCAUAAAGGGGAUUCUGUUUCUCCUUCCAUAGUUCAGUUAGCACGAGUAGGUGACUUGGAAGCUGCGGCAGACGAGGGGAAGGAGGAGAUCAGGGCUGAAUCCGUCUCAAACGGACACAAAUGAGCAGCCGCUGUCACUCUCUCAAACCUGGUGCACUGCAAUUUUCUUCAUUGAAAGCAUAAAUUUAGAUGAUGUUGUACCACAUAGUGGGAACUAAGCAAGAUUAAAUUCUGUUGCUUCCA